GUUUGCUUAUUCAAGGGGACAGGAUGAUCUCCCUCUUUGGUUAAGACCUCAACUUCUAAAAUACAAUAAGUUUGGUCCAGCCCAACGUGACCUUACAUCAUUUUUUAAAACAGCACAAAAUAAAUAUGGUCAUUUGGUAUCUAUUAAGAAUUCUUUACCUGAUGUCAAACCUGAUUAUACUUCAGGGAUAGUGGGUGGAGCUAGGGGUGUGGUUAAAUUAAACCCUGAUGCUAUUUUUAAAGAUGACGACGAGAUUGAAGAUAUUGAUAUUGAAGAUUAUACUACUGCAUCACUUUCAAAGAGUGAAACAGAAAGUGGAUGUGAUCUACUAAGCUCCCUAAAAUUUGACGAGUUACAUCCUGUUCAACCUCAUCAUGUUGCUAUGGCUGCAUCUAGAAAAAGAGAAGAAGAGAAAAGAGAUGAGAUCCCUCAGACCUCACAAUGUCUUCGUUCAGUUGGUAACUCAGACUCGUUACCAGCCAGUAAAAGAAAGAAAAUAAUAAUAAUUGAUGAUAAAAAAUCAGCUGCGACUAUCUCGUCUAGUGAAAGACCUUCUGCUCAAGUUUUUUCUGAACAGUUGAAAUCACAUUUAUGUAAGAACUCUAUGAGUAAAUUCAAGAGAGCUUUUGGUGAUUAUAAUAAGACUGAAAAUAUUGACAAUUUUUUGGAGGUUUUGAAAGAAAUUUUUCGUACUCCAUCUACAUACAACCUUUUUGAAAGUAUGUGUACAUGUACGCUGUAAAUAAUGAUAAAAUAAUACUAAUAAUAAUGAUGAUGACCAACCUGGCCUUGUUUGAUCAUUAAAUUUAAAGUCACUGUGGUAUAUCAUGCAUGAUUCUGCUGCUGAAGGAUGAUCCUCGUGUAGUGUACCCACUGUCAAGGCCACUGACUAUAUCAUCAUAAUCAUAGGGUGUCCUUGGAAUAGGUUUUUCCAAAG